AUGACGGAAAAAUUGAAAGCUUCUUCUGACACCCAGAAGGCGCCUUUUUUCUUCUUCCGGUACAUUCACUUCCUUUUUCAAUUUGGUCAUCCUUUUCCGGUUAAGUCGCCAUACUCUGUAAUUAACAAUGGCCCGUUUAGCAUCAAAUACAACAGCCGUGUCAGAGCUGGGCGUGGAUUCACCCUUGAAGAAUUGAAGAAAGCUGGUAUCAACAAGCGUGAAGCCCCCACAAUUGGUAUUGCAGUUGACUUCCGAAGACGCAGCAUGUCUGCUGAAGCUUUACAGCGGAAUGCUCAAAGACUGACGGAAUAUCGCUCCAAACUGAUCCUCUUCCCCAGAAAACUAAGCAAGCCUGGCAAGAGAGACUCUCCUCCUGAAGAGCUGAAACUGGCUACUCAGUUGAAGGGUCCAGUGAUGCCCAUUGUAAACAAACUGAAGAAAGAUAAACCACGCAAAGUCACUAGAGAAAUGAGGAGAUUCAAAGCCUAUUACACUUUGGCCACUGCUCGUGCUGACAAACGUUGCUUUGGACGAAGACAGAGACGGGCAGAGAAACGGGCAGCUGAGGAAGAAUCUAAAAAGAAGUAA